GGCGACAGGACUCUCGCAUGCCUGUCCUCAAUCUGAAGCUGCCCCUAUCCACAGAUAAAGGAGGAAGCGGUGGAAGCAGCUAAACCUCUUCUCUUUUUCUUCAUUUUCACCUUUUCUCUCUUUUGCUUUUCACAUUGGAAGAAGAGGAAACCGGAGAUCAUUUGUUUUUCUUUCUCUCUUUGUUUUCUCAAAUUCUUCAAAAAUAUUGCAAGUGGCUUCAGGAUAGUUGCUAGGUGAAAGAGGAAAGCUACUAAAUGCAACAUGGGGACUGAUGAGUCGUACAAUUUCGUCUUCAAAGUGGUUUUAAUAGGAGAGUCUGGCGUAGGAAAGAGCAACCUUCUGUCUCGCUUCACUAAGAAUGAGUUUAAUCACGAAAGUCGCACCACCAUCGGCGUGGAGUUCAGCACGCGGACCGUUCAGCUGGAGAACUACACCAUCAAAGCCCAAAUCUGGGACACAGCCGGGCUGGAGCGCUACAGGGCCAUCACCUCAGCGUAUUACAGGGGAGCAGUUGGAGCUCUGUUGGUUUACGACAUUAGCAAGCACCUGACCUACGAGAGCGCAGAUCGAUGGUUGAAAGAGCUGUUGGACCAUGCGGACCCUCACAUCGUGGUCAUGCUGGUUGGGAACAAGAGAGACCUGGAGAACCUCAGGACGGUGCCCUCAGAGGAGGCCAAAGACUUUGCAGAGAAGAGAGGUCUCAUGUACAUGGAGACGUCAGCCUUGGACUCCACUAACGUCGAACAUGCUUUCAAUGAAGUCCUCACAGCCAUCCAUAAGAAGGUGGCCAGCAGGGAGGUGACCCGUGGCUCCAUCAGUGCCGUCACCCUGUCCAGCCCCAUCGGACUCGCCGGGGACGGGCAGGAGGAGCGCAGAGGCUGCUGCAAGAGCUCCUAACAGACUGCUGUUAAGAUCUGACCACCAUGAACCCACAAAACGCUCGACUGCCUUUGAAGCUAAAGCUCGACAUCAUUCACAGCCCAUUUGAAGAGUGAGGUACCUACUUGACACCGCUGUCAGUGUACAAACCUCUUAAAUAUAGAAACUCUAAAGAAUGUAACUAAAAACUAAAUAUUAAGAUAAGCAAAUAUUGAUAACAUCUUUAUUUUAUACAUACGAUUUAUACUUGUGGUGGCAUGUUUUACUACAGAUAGCUCUUAGAUUGUUUUCUAUCAACAUGUUUUUUAAAGAGGCUUUGUAAAGUUGUUUUGCUUUUAUGAAGAAAUGCACUGGGAAUCCCUUGGAAUAAAUUAUUUAUGUUAUUCUGUCUGCAUGUAAUUACCGCACAAAGAUAUUAGACACUUAACUAGAUGAGGGAAUAGGAGAGAGGGCUGAUGUGAGAUAAAGACAAACUCAGAAGCUUUACUUUAAUACAAGUUGUGAUUCCCCAAUGUCAAACAACUCUGUUACCAGUGAACGUCCUUCAAAUUGUUACUUAAAUAAGGGUUAAGAAGUUUUAUCAUCCAAAUAUAGUAUAUAUGUUGUCAAAAUAUUGGCACAGGCUUUGUAAAUUAACCCAUUUGCACUAUUGUAUAUAUUACAGUGUAUUCUUGGGAUGAUAUUAUCAACACAUUGGGAUGUAAGCAAAGUAUAAUGUUGGAGGUGGUUUGACAAACUGAUAUUCUGUUAGGUCGUUGAAUCUAUACAAAUGCAUAAUAUUUCAUGUUAUGUGUUGUAUUUCAAAUGUGGACCAGCCACUGCAGAUGACAUAAUAGUGUUGUGGAUUUAUUUUUAUUUUUUUCCUCCUUUGAUGUUCAGGUGUAUGACUUAACAUGGUACCUAGUGUACUACUACCUAGCAGUUUUUAAGACAUGUAGUGUGAUUACAUGAACAAGCAGAAUAUAUAUCACAUAGAGUCAGUUUAGAGCAGUGGUUCUCAACCUGCUGAUCGGGACCCCCGAAAGAGUCGUGAAAUGAUGUAACUGAGGUAGUUAUUAACACAAUUUUUUUUUGUUCUUGUUGAAAUGCAAUUUUACAUCUAAAGAACCUAAAAAGAAUUCAGGUGAAAGAGUCAAAGGAGAAACAAAUCACUCAUUGAUGAAGAGUCAUACAUCUAGUAGACAUAUCUUGUUGACGGUUAAAAGUAGAUUCAUAUUAGGGGUAAACAUAUAUAUAUAUAAAAAGGUGGCACUGCUUAUCUAAAUGAGUUGCAGGUGUGUGUCUCUCCUGCAGAUGGCAGUGCUGAUGUUGCAUGUUAAAUUAAAAGCAUCAGUUCA